GGUUUCGGUGGCGGUCCGCCAACCAAGGCCCACCAGGCGGUCCCCCGGUGUUCCCCCAGGCGGAGGGACCCAGCAAGCAACAGCAGCAGCAACAACAACAGCAACACAACUUCAGCGGCAACCAGUUGACCCAGUUGCGCGGCCAGAUAAUGGCCUAUCGACUGUUGGCACGCAACCAGCCCCUCACCCAGCAGUUGGCCAUGGUCAUACAGGGCAAGCAAGGAGCCGGGCGGGAACCCCAGCCAGGGGGCGGGCCCCCCUUUGGGCCCCCGCAGCCCCCAGGGGCCACAAGGGCCCCAGCAGCAGCAGCAUCACGGUCGGCUACGCAGACUGAGCCUGGCGAAGGUUCAGACUCAUCCAACUCCUCAUCGGGAAGUGGGGCGGCUGGACUAGUGCCAGGGGCGCCGCCCCCAGUUGGAGCCCCACCACCGCCACAGGGAGGUGGUGGCCCUCCAGGGCCUGGUGGGGCCAUGAUGCGACCUCCGCCCCCGGGGCCAGGGGGGCCUCCUCAGCAAGUGCCGCCUCCCAGUGCAGCAGCUGCUGUAGUUCCGCCUGGGGCGCAACCGGGGGUGGUUCCGCCUCCGCCGCCUCAGCAACAGCAGCAGAUGGGAGUGCCGCCCCAACAGCAGCAGGUUAUGGGGCCUAGGGUGCCCGGCCAGAUGGGGGCGCCAGGUAUCAACCAGAACCACCAGCCGCCGAUGCCAGGUGUACCGCCAGGUGUGGCAGGUCCAGGGGGCGUUCCCCCAGGCGGCCCCCCCAUGAUGCAGGGGCCACAGCAGCCGCCUCCUGGUGGGGUGCCGCCUCACCACCAUCCUCAGGGGGGCGUAGCCCCUAUGGGGCCACGUGGGCCGGCGCCUCCUACGCCCCAACAACAGCAGCAGAUGCAGAAGCAGAAUCGAGUCACCAGUGUGCCCAGGCCUCUGGGGUUGGAUCCGUUGUUGAUAUUACAGGAACGGGAAAACCGAGUGGCAGCUCGUAUUUCGCAUCGUAUCUCAGAACUGAGCUCCCUGCCAACGACUAUGUCAGAAGACCUGCGCAUUAAGGCACAAAUCGAGUUGCGCGCAUUACGAGUGCUCGACUUCCAACGGCAAUUACGUAGCGAGGUGAUAGCAUGCACACGACGCGACACGACGCUGGAGACAGCCGUGAACGUGAAGGCGUACAAACGCACGAAGCGACAGAAUCUGCGUGAAGCGCGCGCCACUGAGAAGCUCGAGAAGCAACAGAAGCUGGAGGCUGAGCGGAAACGCAGACAGAAGCAUCAGGAGUAUCUCAGCACUAUUCUGCAACAUUGCAAG